ACGCAGUGCGACGGGUGUCAGACGGCCGAGCCUAGGAGCCGACCCGGAUCCCUCAAGUUUGCUCGCCCGCCCGGGCGGCGGCGACCCAUGUCCCGCGGCAUGAGCCGGUGAUCGCACGCGGGGCCGAGCGGGAGGCAGCCGUGGCCGAGGGUCCCUAGAGGCCAGCCCAGCUCGGGGAAUAGUGGUGUGAGACCGGACGCACCCACCCUCCUAUGUAACAUGGACCUUUGCUGGCGCAGCUGAGCUGUGGCUGGACCCCAAUGGAGUGGCAGGAGGAGGUCGUAUGUGCCACUAUGUGUGCCUCGGUCAAGUCCGGCAUUCGGGGUCCCGCCCUCAUCCCCAGGAUGAAGACCAAGCACCGUGUCUACUACAUCACGCUCUUCUCCGUGGUGCUGCUGGGCCUCAUCGCCACGGGCAUGUUCCAGUUCUGGCCCCAUUCCAUCGAGUCGGCGGCCGACUGGGGCACCGACAAGCGCAGCGUGCGGGACGUGCCCUUGGUGCGGCUGCCAGCCGACAGCCCUGUUCCGGAGCGUGGUGACCUGAGCUGCAGGAUGCACACCUGCUUCGACGUGUACCGCUGCGGCUUCAGCCCCAAGCACAAGAUCAAGGUUUACAUCUAUGCUCUCAGGAAGUACGUGGAUGCGGCAGGGGAGCCUGUGAGCCACACCAUCUCCCGUGAGUACAACGAGCUGCUGGCUGCCAUCGCCGACAGCGACUACUACACCGAUGACAUCGGCCGCGCCUGCCUCUUUGUGCCCUCCAUCGACGUGCUCAACCAAGGCACCCUCCACAUCCGAGAGACGGCACAGGCUCUGGCCCAGCUCGCCAGGUGGGACCGGGGUACCAAUCACCUGCUGUUCAACAUGCUGCCCGGUGGCCCACCAGAUUAUAACACGGCUUUGGACGUCCCAAGAGAUAGGGCCCUGUUGGCUGGUGGCGGCUUUUCCACAUGGACUUACCGGCAAGGCUAUGAUGUCAGCAUUCCAGUCUACAGCCCACUGUCCGCUGAGGUGCAGCUUCCAGAGAAAGGACCCGGCCCAAGGCAGUACUUCCUCCUGUCCUCCCAGACCGGCUUGCACUCCGAGUACAGGGAUGAGCUGGAGGCGCUGCAGGCCAAGUAUGGGGAGUCAGUCCUGGUGCUGGGAAAAUGCACUAACCUCUCGGAGGGUGCCGUUGAGUCCCGAAAGCGCUGUCACAAGCACCAGGUCUUCGAUUACCCGCAAGUGCUGCAGGAGGCCACUUUCUGCGUGGUCCUUCGUGGAGCUCGGCUGGGCCAGGCGGUGCUGAGUGACGUGCUUCGAGCUGGCUGUGUCCCGGUCAUCAUGGCAGAUUCCUACGUUCUGCCUUUCUCGGAGGUUCUCGACUGGAAGAGAGCGUCGGUGGUGGUGCCCGAGGAGAAGAUGUCGGAGGUAUAUAGCAUCCUGCAGAGCAUCCCCCAAAGACAGAUUGAAGAGAUGCAGAGACAGGCACGAUGGUUCUGGGAAGCAUACUUUCAGUCCAUCAAAGCCAUCGCCCUGGCCACUCUGCAGAUUAUCAAUGACCGGAUCUACCCAUAUGCCGCCCUCUCCUAUGAAGAAUGGAAUGAUCCUCCCGCUGUGAAGUGGGCCAGCGUGAGCAACCCCCUCUUCCUUCCUCUGAUCCCACCACAGUCUCAGGGCUUCACGGCCAUCGUCCUCACCUACGAUCGUGUGGAGAGCCUCUUCCGGGUGAUCACAGAAGUAUCCAAGGUGCCCAGUCUUUCCAAGCUGCUGGUCGUGUGGAACAACCAGAAUAAAAACCCCCCUGAAGAAUCUCUUUGGCCCAAAAUCCGAGUUCCACUAAAAGUGGUGAGGACUGCUGAAAAUAAGCUGAGUAACCGUUUCUUCCCUUAUGAUGAAAUCGAGACGGAAGCUGUUCUGGCCAUCGAUGACGACAUCAUCAUGCUGACCUCGGACGAGCUGCAGUUUGGUUACGAGGUCUGGAGGGAGUUUCCGGACCGGCUGGUAGGUUACCCGGGUCGUCUGCAUCUCUGGGACCAUGAGAUGAACAAGUGGAAGUACGAGUCAGAGUGGACCAAUGAAGUGUCCAUGGUGCUUACAGGGGCAGCUUUUUACCACAAGUAUUUCAAUUACCUGUACACCUAUAAAAUGCCCGGGGACAUCAAGAACUGGGUGGAUGCUCACAUGAACUGUGAAGACAUCGCCAUGAACUUCCUGGUGGCCAACGUCACGGGGAAAGCUGUCAUCAAGGUAACACCACGCAAGAAAUUCAAGUGUCCAGAGUGCACAGCCAUUGAUGGGCUCUCAUUGGAUCAGACACACAUGGUGGAGCGGUCUGAGUGCAUCAACAAGUUUGCCUCGGUGUUCGGGACCAUGCCCCUCAAGGUGGUGGAGCACCGGGCUGACCCCGUGCUGUACAAGGACGACUUUCCCGAGAAGCUCAAGAGUUUCCCCAACAUCGGCAGCUUAUGAAACGCACCUUCGGGGGAGCAGGACCUUGAGAUGAGGACUCCUCUCUCUGCCUCCCCUGGCCAGAGACAAUUAGGAGGACAAGGAUGAUGGAGGAUCUCCGGGUGGACCAACCUGGACCCUGCUCAGCUUCCCAGCGUCAAAAGCCUAGAGGUGCCGUCCCUACGGUGCCCUGAGCUGGCAGGGUCCGGCCUAGUCCAGCGCCUGUCCCUCCUGUCCACCGAUCAGCACUAGUGGAAGGUGUAGCAGAAAACCCGGACAUGUGUGAAGAUCAGCUCAGAAGAAGGGAUACACCGCUGGGGAGAAAGCCUGGGGAACAGGGACCCUCUCAGCGUUUGGAGUCAUUUCAAAUCUGUGCUCAGAAAAAAAAAAACAGCCUGAUGCUGCCAUCCUUGUGGGGUUAUAGGGCUUGCCUGGGAGGGAACCCCCAGGUCUGUGCAGUGACAACACCAAAUGCCCCAUCCAGAGCCACUGAGUUCUGUCAGUAGUUUCUAUUGGUUGAGCUGUUUGAUAUGAUUAAAAUUAUUUUUUAAUUCCCUUUC